UGUUUUGGGCUCUGCAUCUCGGUGUUGUUUUUGACUGGCGUUGAGCGUUAUUGCUCUUCAGAGUGGACCAGGAAGGGCCACCAACCACAAGACUUAGAGAGUCCUGGAGGCUCUCUUGAGCUCAUAGAGAAUGAGAUAGCAUUAAAAACGCCUCAAACCAUUGUCUUGAAGAAGGGUUCAGCCGAUUCGUACACGAGCAGACCUUCGGAUUCCGACCUGUCAGCGGAGGAGGACCGCGAGGCGUAUCGGCGUGAAGCCGAACGCCAGGCCCAGCUGCAGCUCGAGAGAGCCAAGUCCAAACCUGUAGCGUUCGCAGUGAAGACGAAUGUGAAUUAUUGCGGGGCUCUAGAUGAGGACUGUCCUGUUCAGGGUGCUGCCAUAAACUUUGAAGCCAAAGACUUUCUGCACAUUAAAGAGAAGUACAAUAAUGACUGGUGGAUCGGAAGGCUGGUGAAAGAGGGGGCCGACAUCAGCUUCAUACCCAGCCCCCUCCGACUGGAGGCCAUGAGACUCAAACAGGAGCAAAAACAACAGAGGAAAAGUGGUAACUCCUCCUCAAGCCUAGGCGACAUGGUAUCAGGAGGUUGGAGAUCCACGCCGCCAUCUGCAGCCAAACAGAAGUUAAAGCAGACUGAAGUCAUUCCUCCGUACGAUGUGGUGCCGUCCAUGAGGCCUGUGGUUCUGGUUGGGCCUUCACUGAAGGGCUAUGAGGUGACAGAUAUGAUGCAGAAAGCUCUGUUUGACUUUCUCAAACAUCGCUUUGAUGGACGGAUUUCUAUUACCCGGGUAACCGCUGACCUUUCUUUAGCCAAGAGACCGGUUUUCAACAAGAGACCUAACACACGGACCAGUUUGGCAGAGGUACAGAGUGAGAUCGAAAGAAUAUUUGAGUUGGCCAAAACCCUUCAACUGGUGAUUCUGGAUGCGGACACCAUUAACCAUCCAACACAGCUAGCUAAAACCUCGCUAGCUCCCAUUAUAGUCUAUGUCAAGGUCACAUCUCCGAAAGUCCUACAGCGGUUGAUAAAGUCGAGGGGUAAAUCACAGAGCAAACACCUCAAUGUUCAGAUGAUGGCUGCAGAUAAACUGGUUCAGUGUCCCCCUGAGAUGUUUGAUGUCAUUUUGGACGAGAACCAGUUGGAGGACGCCUGUGAGCACCUCGCUGAAUAUCUGGAGGUUUACUGGCGUGCCACUCAUCUGCCAGGCACCGCCCCUCUUAACCCCCUAUUGGAGCAAAAUCUGAUGACCCCACCCUCGGCAAUCUCCAGUCUUCAGAACCAGCAGUUGUCGCCCGCCGGGGGUGGAGGGGGAGUGGAGGAGGAGGAGCAGGGGGAGCAGGACAGCCUCAUGCCCUCCGACGAGGCCAGUGACUCUCGCUCCCUCCGCCGAGGCGGCUCUAGCUCCCUGCACCCCCCGGAGGACGAGGAAGAAGAGGAGGAGGAGGAGGAGGAAGAAGAGGAAGAUGAUUACGAACCCCAACGCCACUCUAACCCCUACCGGGACGUGUACCCGCCAAACCGUAACCAACCCGGUGGCAUCAACAGCACUAACGGACACGAGUCACGGGACCGACUCCUGCAGCAGCGAGACUCGCAGGACGGACACAACCAACGGAACAACCGUCAGCGCGUGAGAGCCUGGCCGCGGGACAACUACUGACCGUCCCCCUGCAGGAGUCCGGAAGAGAGGGUUGGGUCGUGAAUCGGGGGGAUGGGGAUUGGUGAGGAAAUGGAAACGCACAAUGUGUGUGUAUGUGUGUUGGUGGAUGAAGCUGCCCAUGAUUGGCGAAAAAUCUCCUGUUUUCUAAGCUUAUGUGGUCGUUAUUUUUUGAGGCAUUGCACUACAUUUGCUUUUUAAAGACAGGGCAGCUUUUCUCCUUUAAGAUCAAAUGCAUGUUCUUAUCAAAACAAUAUUUGAGCUUCCUCUGGAAACCCUUACCCCACCCGAGUCCUAUAUUACUUUAUUAUUUUGCGUAUUAUACACUCUCCCUUAACCCAAUGAGCACAGAAAGCAUUAUGGGAAAAGGAAAAGCACUUUUAUAGCAUGGGAUGUGAGUCACAAUGAAAGAUGUUGUAGCAUUUUGUUGCAUCUUACUUUUUUUUUUUUUUGCUAGUGCUCUUGUAAAUGUGAAAAUUACUCACUAUUUUUUGGUUCAUUGAUUCCCUCUAUCAUGGAGCACUCUGUAUGCACUCGUCUUAUCAAUAUCAGUUGUUUAUUGGUACAUUAUUCAGACAACUGACAUUUCAUGGUCACGUUCAUAGAUGUAGCACACAUUGGCGCUUAUACAAGCACCAUGCAAAUGUGGUAUAUGUAGGAAAGGGAUUCAGGGUUACGCUCUGCUGUCGUAGAGUAUAAAUAUUAUUGGGACUAUAGUCUGGGUUUGCACAUGAGGUGAAAUUUAACUCCAGAAUGAAGAGAAGCAGUCGAUCUUCCUGCAUUUCCGUACUGCCGCAUAAAGUAAGAACCUAAUUAGGUCAGUGUCAUCGGUUUCUUUUUCUGGGAAAUGAGAAGGACUGAAAAACUGGAUUUAUUUUAUCACCCAUCAGUGCCCAUACUCUGGCUUUUUUUUAUAGAAGUACCAUAGAUGAAGCUCACCAGUUUUGGUGUCCGUUUUGAGAUAGUCAUGUUGUUCCUCUGCGACUUGACAGUUGAAAAGUUCAGGUCUAGAUUCAUACAUUUUACCUUUUGACACAUUUGCAAGUCAUCAAUUGGUUGACCUUAUCAAAGACAGUUUAUGGCCGUGUGUCCACCAAAGCGUUUUUCCACCCGCCUGACGUAUGUUUUCAAUUGUUUUCAAUGGGAGCGCCGCGUUU